GUGUGCGUGUGUUUUGGGCGCAAGGUAGCAAUGUUGUAUUAGUUGUUUGGUGCAAAACAGUAUAUCAGACAUGAAUUCAACUGUAUCAUGUAUUGUGUUCAGCUUUUAUGUGAAAGUGCCGUCAUGCAGGACAAAAAAUGAUUUGCUUUGACGAAGAAGAAUUUGCGUAAAUGUUAUGAAAUCUGGUUAAUAGUACCGCAAUGGCGGACGAAAAGUGGUAUUUUUCUAAAGAGCAACUAGGAAACACACCAAGCAGACGAUGUGGAUAUGAUAUGGACAAAGAAUUAUCGUAUAGACAACAAGCAGCGAACUUUAUUCAGGAUAUGGGUCAAAGGCUGCUUGUUACCCAACUAUGCAUCAAUACAGCAAUUGUAUACAUGCACCGUUUCUAUGUGUUUCACUCAUUCACGCAUUUUCACCGCAAUGCAAUGGCUGCUGCAUCAUUGUUUUUGGCAGCAAAAGUGGAAGAACAGCCAAGGAAGCUGGAACAUGUUAUUAAAGUGGCACACAUGUGUUUGCACAGAGACCAUCAGCAACCAUUGGAUACCAAAUCUGAGCAAUAUAUGGAGCAAGCUCACGAGUUGGUGUUCAAUGAAAAUGUGUUACUGCAAACUCUUGGAUUUGACGUAGCAAUUGAUCAUCCUCAUACACAUGUUGUUCGUUGCUGUCAUAUGGUCAGAGCCAGUAAAGAUCUUGCACAAACAUCAUACUUCAUGGCUUCUAACAGUCUCCAUUUGACAACGAUGUGCCUUCAAUACAAACCAACUGUUGUGGCGUGUUUCUGUAUUCACUUGGCUUGCAAGUGGUCAAAUUGGGAGAUACCUCAAUCAAAUGAAGGAAAAGAUUGGUUUUGGUAUGUGGACAAAACUGUCAGUCUUGAUCAGUUGGAACAGCUGACAGCAGAAUUUUUAAUAAUUUUUGACAAAUGUCCAACAAAACUGAAACGGAAGAUAAUGAGUAUCAGUGCUUCUCAAACAGCACCAAUUCCGCCGACUAUGGGAGGCUCCCUUUUCGAUUCAGAACCUCGGAAAGUCAAGCCAUCUGAAGGAGCCAACCCAGCAGGAGAGGGUCUUGGUUUCCAGCAGUAUGGCCAAGCAGAGCUUAAACAUGCAUAUAAUGCAAUUAAAGAGGAGAACAAAAAUUCUACAGCCACAUUUCCGCCAGUGACUGGAGGUGGAACCAAGCACGCAGAGGUACAGUCACGUGAAACUAACUGGGAUCAUCGGGAGAAACGUGACCGUGACCGUGAUCGAGAAAGAGACAGGGACCGUGACCGUGACCGUGAAAAACAGGACAGAGAUAAGAGUGGGACAUCAACGAACAGGGAAGUUCCUCAUCACCACCACCACCAUCACCACCACCACCACCACACCAGCAACAGUGGAGGAUCUUUGGCACCGUCAUCAAAUGGCCCCCAUCACAACAAGUCAAGCUCAAAUCAGGCUCUGUCAUCUCAGUCACAUCAUCCGAAGCAGGUGUCUUCACGGAAUGAUGUUCCCAUACGACAGUCUACAUCUUCAGCACGUGAUGCAGCACGUCGUGAACAAGCCCACAGCAGGGAAAGUUCAAAGCGGGAUGUGUCUGUAAGAGGUACAAGUGAACACAAGUUCAUACAACCAUCUCGGCAUGAAACCUCAGAGACAAGAAUGCAUAAUACCUCACUACCCCAGGAGCUGCCAGUAUCGUCAGCUAGUCAUAUUAAAAAAGAACCACGUUGUAUUGAGCUGACAGCAGAGUCGGUUGUUCAAGGAAAUGAAGCGGAUGAUAUUAGAUCAUCAGUUUCUGAUAGUAAGCAUUCUAGUAACACAUCAUUAUUUGCAAACUCGUCAAAAGAUGGGAUGAUGGCUAUGUCGACAGAAAGUAAAAAUAUUCAGGCAGAACAUUCAAAAUAUACCCAGAAUACAGAUGCUAUGAGACACAGGGGUUCAAAUGAAAACAAAAACAUUCUCAAUUUGGUUCACAGUAGUGGUGAUGUACGUGUUAAGGAACUAAUGAGAGCUGCUGGUCCAGCUGAUAGUGAUUUGUCUUCAAAUAUGUGGCAAGGUCCGUCACAGAAGAGUCACAGUGAUGCAGCUUCAGAUCAGCACAAACAUCAACACAGUCACAAACAUUCUGGAUCUGAUAGCAAACAUCGUAGAUCUAAUUUCACUGAUUCACACAGCACUAUUGCUGACAUGUCAGAGCGAAGAGCAGAUGGCAGGAACAGUUCUGAAGCGUCAAAAUCCAAUAUUCUUGCUUCUCAGCCAGGAAAAAGUGAUGUGAGAACAGAGCUUAAAGGUGAUCGUAAGUUGGAAAUGCCUUGUGAUGUGAAGUAUGAAAGACCGGAAAGGUGUGAACCUAAACAGGAACAGACACAGAAUAGAGAUGACCACAAUGAAGACACUGUAACAAUAGCACCAACUAAAAAUGUAUCUUCAAAAUCACAGCAAAGUUCUGCUUCAGUUAGUUAUAGCUCAGAGAAGUCUAGUCACAAAACUCACCACAGAUCCUCAAGUCAUACAUCUCGAGAAAAAUCAUUGUCUGGGCAACUUCAGGUACAUUCUCAUGGACAGGGUACAUCCCCAGGCAAGAGCCAGAAAUCUCUCUUAAAAGUGAAAUCGAGUGGACAUUCGUCCAGCAAUAAAGCAGAUACAUUGCAGGUACCGAGCAUUAGUGUUAGUCAUUCCUCUAGCCGAGUGGAUGUGUCAUCCGCGUCUUCUCAGGUUUCAAGUGGAAAAAAUGAUCAGUUCGCAGUUAAUGGUCUUCCUGUUGCAGUUUCUGGAGAAAGUAAAAAGAGGAGGUCUGAGAAAGAUGUGUCACCAUCAAAACUGUUACAGGUUGAACAUGAAACUGAAACAGUUAAGCAUAGUCCAUCAAAUUUGUCCACUCCCAGCAAGCAGUUAGGAGGAACCUCUCAGAAGACACACAGUUCAGAGAAAACCACACCAACAAGAGAAACGCCGCACACGCCUCGUGUGGCGAAAUCCAAGCAGCGUACACCAUCAUCUGCAAGAAAAGUUCCUUCACAGCCACCUGAUACUACUCAGAUACAUUUUGGGUCGCCACCUCUAGUUGCCCCAAGCACUCCUGGAAAGAGUAUCUCAUCGGGACCCUCAAAUCAAAGCCAUAACCGUAACAGAACAAGUAGUUCGAGCAGUGAGCCUGAAUUAGUGCCAGUGGUUAAGAAGCUAGACGAGAUAGCAGGUUAUGAGAACAUAAUCAGAGAAGCCAAGAUGGGAAUUAAACUACCGGGUAAAGCAUCAGAGGCAACUCAGUCAGUUCGUGAAAAGAAGAAAGAUGAAAGUGGAAUGAAAGCUACAUCUAAGAGUAUGCCUGCAUCGAAGGAUGCAAAACCUACAAAUAUUGUUCGACAGUUUCCUAGUCACAUGGUGGCAGAGUCACAAAAACCAUCUAUUACUAGUGAUUUGGGAGCAAUAGCAUUUCCAUCACCAGCAGCAGAAAGUGGUAGUGGUUUCUCUGGUUCACUUAUCCAUGAACUUAAUCUUAACAAUAACAACAUGUUAGAUGUUGUAACAUUGCUCGAUGUUCCGUAUGAGAAGACUGUGACACUGACUUCAGAAGGGAACCACGUCGACACUCCUGUAACAUCUGAAGCGACUGAUGCCGAUGACUCAUUGUUAAAAAAGGUGUCGGAACAUCAUAGAAGUGACAAAAAGAAGAAAAAAGAAAAGCACAAACAUAAAGAUAAAAGAGAUGAGAAAAAACAUAAAAGUAAACACAAAAGUAAAGAUAAAGAACGCUACAAAGUGGAGCAGCCUGAAUCUAUUCCAGCAGCUGCUGUUCCGAUUAAAAUAACGAUACCAAAAGGAAAGAUACAGAGUAGUUCAUUGGAACCAGCUUCUACCAGUUCCGGAUCUGGAUCAGAACUGAAACUGAAGUUAGGGCAAAAACUGAAAAUUGCCAGAGACCAGUUAAAAAAGCUAGAUGUACCUAGUGAUCCUCCACAAACUCUGCCAAAUACCCCGUUAAAAGUGAAGAUUCCUCAAGCUGCUCCUAGUGGUCCUCUGAAGAUUAAAAUCAGUUGUAACAGUGAUAGUGGCAGUGCGACGAGUUCUUCGACUCCUGUAAAAGACAAUCGAAAACGUGAGUGGACCGCUUCAAAGUCAGAGAUGAUAAAUCAGCCGCCUCACAAAACUGCACGUGUGACGACACCAGAGUCGUCAAAAAAAUCUACGGGUAGCAAGCACAAUGGGGCCGAAUUGCGAUCCAGCAGAGGGCCUCAUAGUACUAAGGUAUGUGAUAGGGGUCAAGUUAAUCUGUCCAAUUUUGGAGACAGCGUUUCAUAUCUGUACCAUCCUUACUAUGACCAACCAUAUCAUCAUCCCCAGGGGAUUAUUCCUCAGCCUGACUACAUGUAUGGGUACUAUAGCAUGCCAUAUGACAUGCAGCAGUCCAUGCACAUGCCAAUGCUAUCAGUUCCGCCACCACCAUUGCCACCUCACCUACACUCCAUACCACCACCGCCAUUACCUCCAUUACAACUUCGUCCACCCUCACAGCCACCAUUGCCCAAAGAUCCCCCUCCACCUGUUCCUCCACCCCCUCCUCUUCCAUCUUCACCACCUUCAUCAUAAUGGGCUAUAAAUAUUGUAUGAUACUAAUGUAAAGAGGCAUGCUUGUGUUAAAAAGUUCCUAAUCUCUUUAUGUGAAGUAAGAGUGUGAUAGUAGAUGCAUUACUAUUUGCAUGAAAUUUCUUAUUGAAAAUUCUGAAGUACAAGAAUUAAAUUACUUUCGUCCAUGUGAAAAACUGUGUGCAGUUGGAUGAAGACUGCAUGUAUCGUUUUUUAGUGAAAGGAGUGGUAUCAUUAGGAGUUGAAUAUAUUUUUAUAGCAUUGACCGUAUUGUUUUAUUUAAAGUCUAGAAAUCUGUUACAUUUGUGGAGGUGUCACCUUAGUCCUUCAGAUGUUAUCCUCAGGUUAUAAAUCAGUUUUGAUGGCAGAUAUUCUUGCAUUCUUUUUUUCCCAUGUGUCAAAUGGUAAACUUCUUUCCAUCCCUCAGCAUUCUCUAUCUCAUACACACAGAGAUAAAUAUAUACUUAUGUUCUUAGUCUUCUUUUGAUUUGUGCAAUAUUAUUAUUCUAUGAAGUUAUCAGAUACUCAAGAGUCUUUAUUUCCAGUGAA